AUGUCCUUCUCCUGCGUGGGCUGGUCAGAGGGCGCUCAGUCAGCCAUCCGGGCAGCAUCGGAGUUGAAUAUUGACGGUUAGUCGCAUUUUGAUUGGCCGGCUCUGCUGGUGACGCAUAUAGUUCUUUGUCCGGCAAUGUGCACAUUAUGGGUGCUGACAUCCACCUCGUGUCAACCGACCUCUUGUCCGACGUCUCGAUUUAAUGAUCUGUAUUCCUUACACACUGUUAAUGUUAAGGUCGAUAGGUAUUGAAAUAAAAUGCGCGAUAAAUGCAACCAAAAUUGUGCCAAUUUGUAGUUAAUAUUUGAAUGUGUUGUUGGAUUUGGUUUUAUUGCUUCCCAUGUUUCCCACAGCGUAAACAGGACUGUCAGGUAAUCUCAGCCACUGUACCAAGUCUCCUCAUUCACAGACCGCCUGACUCGAGCAAGCAACCGAGAUGGGGUUGGAGAAGAGAGGGUGAUGACUGUCGAAGUCGACUCCGUCUAUUAAUGUUUUCACUUUAAACGGAAAAUGAGCUCUGCAUUGAUUAUUAGGACUGGCAAACAGUUGUUUCUUGACGUUGUGCAAACUGGCGGCAUAACACGCCCCCUACUCAUGACCUAGGGUCAGACUGCAUGCCUCAUUUUUGAUGUGGCCCUCGGAUUACGCUCGGACCCACCGGGCUCCGACGGAAAGACAAUGUCCAGAUGACUGGAGGUGGGAUCGGGCACAGUGGUGGACAAAGCUGCAAACUGUCCGUCUAUGCAUUCCCUCACGAGACCUGGUCAAGCAUCGAGUGGUGAUGGUGGUGGAUUAGAAGGAUGAGGAGGAGGAGGAGGAGGAGGAGGAGGAGGAGGAGGAGGAGUGGGAUGAGAAUGAUGAGUUUUGGUAAAAAUUUUCAGGUAGGUAGGAGUGUCCUCAUUGAUGUUGUCAGUGGUGGUGGCGGCGGCGGCGCAACAUACCGAAUAAGAUAGCCUUCGCCGUAUCUAUAUGUGUGUGUGAGGUAUUCAUUAAAGACGAUGUGAGCGUAACAUCACAGUGCAGACAACGUCAACUUCGAGGACUGUGGGCAGAACCUUGCACGAACUGGAUGCCGAUAUCGUCGGUGAUGUAUAGGGAACAUUUGUGUGGACACACAUGGAGUAUGUGGUACAGGCUUGGCGUCCGUUACUUCGGGAGGGCAUAGCUCAUCUUGAAGGUGGUGUGCAAGGACGUGCUAUAUAGCUUGUCCCUGAACUCAAAUAUUUGACGUACGAAUAGCGCCUGACAGCCUUAAACGUUUAUCGUCUCCACUAUCGACAAGACGUCGGUGAGCUUUUACUCACGUUCCAAUUGCUACGGCGAAUUGAUCUUGAUGUGCGGAGCGAUUCACUCAGAUGGUGCGUCAGCUGCACGACGGUAUGAUGGCGCGAGUCACGGACAACGGAGCUGUGUCAGAGGCAUUGGCAGUGACCAACGGAGUGAAGCAGGGAUGCAUGCUGGCGCCUACCCUCUUCCGUCUUAUGUUCUCUGCCAUGCUAAUGGACGCCUACCGUGAUGAACGCCCCGGGAUCCGCAUCGCCUACAGGGCGGACGGUCACCUGCUGAACCAACGGCGGAUGCACUUCCAUUCGCGCGUAUCCACAACCACCUUCACGAACUCCUCUUCGCCGACGACUGCGCCCUGAAUACCACCUCGGAAGAGGAGAUGCAACGGAGCAUGGACCUAUUCUCCGCCGCCUGCGAGAACUUUGGGCUGGUUAUCAACACGCAGAAGACAGUGGUGAUGCAUCAACCGCCACCCUAAUCAGCCACAGCCCCAACGCGCCGCCGCAAAUCAGAGUGAACGGAACCCAAGUGCAAGUGGUGGAGAACUUCGCGUACCUCUGCAGUACUCUCUCCCGCAACACCAAGAUCGAUGACGAAGUCGCCAACAGGAUCUCGAAAGCCAGUCAAGCCUUCGGUCGCCUCCAAAGCACAGUUUGGAAUCGUCAUGGACUUCAACUGAGCACGAAGCUGAAGAUGUACAAGUCCGUCAUCCUGCUGACGCUAAUGUAUGGAGCUGAAACUUGGACGGUGUACACAAAGCAGGCACGCCGUCUGAACCACUUCCACCUCAGUUGUCUUCGCCGCAUCCUGAGGCUGAACUGGCAGGAUCGCAUCCCCGACACUGAUGUGCUGGAACGGACGGGAAUCCUCAGCAUCUACGCCAUCCUGAGACAAAUGCAGCUGCGCUGGAGCGGCCACCUGGUGCGCAUGGACGACGAGCGACUACCCAAACGACUCUUCUACGGAGACGUCGCGACGGGUUCUCGUCGUCAAGGAGGCCUCAAGGAGACCGAAAUCACAACUUCGCUCUGUACGAAACGGCGACGCACAACCACUUCCAACGUGUUCCCUCUGUCAACGGACACUCCGGGCUCGAAUCGGACUUGUCGGACAUCUUCGGAUCAACUGCGCUUCUCGAACUGCACCAAUCAUCUUCCCCCUGCCCUCCUCUUCCUCAUCCUCUCCGCCACCAACUAA